GAUUCCAAAUAAUGUAGAAUUAUCAACCGCAUUGGACUUAAAUGCGAAACUCACUCUCGUCAAUGUUCACUUCACCGUAGGGUUUAAACUCUGAUUACACUCACCGGCUCUCUCCGCCGCAAUGGGCGGAGCCACUAGGUUCUUCGUUCUCCUUUCCGGUCCUCUUCCUCUCAUUCACCACCGCCGCCCUUCCUUUCUCCGUCUCGCCUCUCAUUACCAUAAGUUCUUCCAAUCUUCUAUUCAGCCCAGCGCCAGAAACUUAUCCUCUUCCUUUAACCCAAUUAGAGCCUCUCGCCAUGUUCAUUCCCAAAUCUCCACUCUUGGGGACGAUUUCGGGAAUUUUGAAGACUCGGGGUCCGCCAGUGGCCUGUUUUCUCCGGAUUCUUCUACUUGGCGGGAAUGGUCCCAGUUCCUCGGGAGCCUCAACGCCGGUGGCUACUUCGGUCGUUGGGAUUCUGGAAUUGAGCUCGUCGCUGAUCAGAAGCUGCCGGCUGAGUUUGUGAAUGCGGCUAAUGCUUGUUUCGCUUUUUCCAUCGAGCGAGAACAUCUUUUAGGAUUGCUUCCUAGGAGGGAUAUUGAGGUCUUGGUUGAAAGUGUGAGCCCAUGUCUGUUCAGAGAUGGGGAUGCUUCAUUGAGGAAGAUGAAGUUGUUUUUACGAGGCGACGGAACUCAGGUUUCGGAUCACGAUAAGGCACGAACAAUUGAUUUAUUCAAAUUUAUCUUAAGCUAUGCAAGGAACCCAACUGUUUCUUCAGAAAGUAAUCUGUACAGUAGAGAUAUGGUAGAAUCAUCUAUGAGGAAUCUGUUACGUGAAAUAUGCAAGCUCUGUUUUAGCAAUCCAGAUCCGAAGCCUUUGGAGAUGGCUAAUCAGUUUUCUGACAAAUAUGGGCAAUCACGAGGGCUUUACGGGCCAAAAAUUGAAAUGAAAAGAGGCGACUGGAUUUGUCCGAGAUGUAGUUUCAUGAACUUCGCAAGAAAUGUAAAAUGCCUUGAAUGUGAUGAGGCACGGCCAAAGCGACAGCUGAUUGGUGGAGAAUGGGAAUGCCCUCAAUGUGAUUUUCUCAAUUAUGGGAGGAAUACAGUGUGCCUACGGUGUGAUUGCAAAAGGCCAGGGGCUCCAUUUGUCAGUACCAUUAACAUGAAUUCUGGUCUAGGGGAUGACAAUGGAAGUUGUGCAACUAAGAUCGACAUUGAUAGUAAGUUGGCUGCAAAUGAAGAGAAAGCUCAGCGCUGGUUUGGUAAGAUUUCUCAGCUGGACAGUACGUCUGAUUCGGGCUCCUCGAUAACAGAUGAAGAUUUCCCUGAAAUAAUGCCAUUGAGAAAAGGAGUUAACAGAUUUGUUGUGAGCACGAGGAAGACACCUCUGGAGAGGAGGUUGGCUAAUGCUCAAUACAGAAGAAACUUAGGCAACGAUGGAGUUCCAGAAAAUACCAGCAGUGAACUUUCUGCUGCUAACAAUUCUCUGGACAAAACAAUAAGUCGAAGUUUGGAUGACAUUCUCGGUCGUACAUCCACUAAUUCUGAAUCCAUGAAUGUCGGAAAGGAACAAGGGACUGGUACCAAUAAGACUUCGUUAUCCAGUUCAGGUUCUUCACAGUACGAAUCCUUGAAAGGAAGUAAUUCCAGUUAUGUUCCAUUUGUUCCAUUGCCUCCAGAUAUGUUUGCAAAAAAACCUAAGAAUUCAAGCAUGGAGAGUGAGGUAGUUGAUACUGAUAAUAACAGAUCCCUCUCAUCGGGCUCUAAUGAGUGGACAAGUAGUGCUUCUCAGAGCAAUGGAUUGAACGAAGUAGGAGAUAUUCCUUCAACGCUAAAUCAGAUUGAGAAAACCAAUGAAGGGAAGGAAGAAGCUGAAAAAUCUGAGAGAUGGUUUAAAAGGGUUGCGGAACUGCACAAUGUGACAGAUCUUACUAGUGCAAUAUCUAAUGAAGACUUCCCUGAGAUCAUGCCGAUGCGCAAGGGAGAAAAUAGAUUUGUAGUCAGUAAAAAGAAAGACCGCUCUUUAACGUCUCCAGCGUAUAAAAGACGUUCAACUAUGGAGCAAUCUGGCAGUUCUAACUUUGUCCCCUUCGUUCCUUUCCCACCAGACUACUUCGCGAAAAAAGAUAAGCCUUCUUCAGAUGACUCAAAUAGUAAAGUGACUGAAGCACAUUCGAACAAUUCUAGAAUUGAAGUCGAUGAUAGAAAUAAUGCUCAACAGUCUGAUAACCAAAAAACUCAAACAAGUAGGUCCAACUCAGAACUUCGUGCAGGGAAUUCAAGUUGGAACAAUGAAGCUUCAAGUAGUAAUUAUGUUGAAAAAGUGGCCAAUAACAACACCAGUGUGGCAGGGAAUCCAUCCGCAUCUGAGGUGCAGAAGAACAUGAGAGAGAAAUGGAGUGGAAAGAGUUUGGAGGGUUCAGCAGUUACUGAACCAGAUCCAUUGGACAUGUCAGAGGAAGCUAAAGCUCAGAGAUGGUUCCGUCGCGUUGCUCAAAUCAAGGACAUCUCCGAACUAAGUCAAAUUCCCGAUGAAGAUUUUCCAUCAAUCAUGCCGAUGCGCCAAGGUGUCAACAGGUUCGUGGUCAGCAAGAGGAAAACACCAUUGGAAAGAAGGUUGACAUCGCCUCAAUACAGAAGAAAUCUGCCCAUUGUUAGUUCAGACCCACCAAAAAGAGAGAAUGAUGGCAGUUAACUAAGAACACCCAACGGCAUUUUAUCUUCUUUCAUAAACUAAGAGUAUUGGUGUUGGUUUAUUCUACAUUGUAAAAAAGAAAGUAACUUCAAAUAUGGGUUUUAUAAUUUAAAAUCUUUGAUUACACUACAUUAGUGAUUAAAUUGAUAUUGAAUUCAAUAAUAGUUAAACCAUAUAAUGGAUAUCUGUUAUGCUUCA